AUGGCACCAGGUGUUAUUGAUAAUGGAGAUCAACCCCACACCAACACCAGUGCUCUGUCCAAGCCUACAGUCCACAUCCUCGAUGCCUGGAACGAAGAGGCCCUCGCCCACGCAAAGAACCUCUUUAAUGUGAUUCAGCCUGGGGAUAAUGGAUUUUCUGAGUGGCGUCAAAGAGCCUCGGCUCUUUUGAUUCGAGGAUCAUACCUCACCGCAGAUGAUAUUGCGAGUUGCCCUAACUUGGUCGCCAUCGGCAAGCACGGUGUUGGAAUUGAUAAGAUCGACCACGAUGCAUGUGCUAAGCGUGGCAUAAAGAUCUGCAAUACACCUGGCGCGAAUGCACACGAUGUCGCCGAGCUUGUCUUGGCUCUUACCAUGACGGUCGCUCGAGACAUCCGAUCCAUCACAACUCGUCAGAUGAUCAAGCCAGUUCCCAAGGAGACUUGCCAGGGGCUGACCCUCCACAAGAAAACCAUUGGUAUCAUCGGCAUGGGCAAUAUCGGCCGGAAAGUUGCGGAGAUUUUUCGCGGGGCUUUCAAUGCCGAGGUCAUCGCUUACGAUGUCUUUAUGCCGGACACUGCUUGGCCUCAUCUCGAUCACAAGAGAGUCCAAGAUGUCCAAGACGUCAUCAAGAAUGCCGACAUUCUUUCCGUGCAUGUUCCUCUAACAAAUGAAACACGCGACCUGAUUUCUUACAACGAGAUUCGAUCCAUGAAGCAAAAUGCGAUUUUGAUCAACGCGGCCAGGGGUGGAAUUGUCAACGAAGCCGAUUUGACCAAAGCUCUCGCAGAAGGUCAUCUAUGGGGCGCUGGAUUGGAUUGCCACGAACAGGAACCGCCACACGUGGAGAAAUAUGGAGCGUUGUGGGACAAUUUGAAUGUUGUUAGCACGCCCCAUAUCGGAGCUGCGACGUGCCAGGCGCAAACUGCGAGUGCCAUGGCCGCAGUUAACAAUUUGUACGAACACCUAAUGACACUUCGGAAGUGA